CCAAGUUUCAUUCUAUCAUCAUUGCGUAGGGGAGCAUGCAAUGGCUGUCUACGUUCCUCCUUUCCUCUAGAGUCUUCUGAACCUUCUGAUCAGUCGAUCUUCCAAUCUCCACCUGUGUUGUGCCCCCGUUGACGCCUAGGAAGAAUGUCCUUCCUCGCUUCCUGCUGUGGCUUCGGCCGCAAGAACAAGGCCGACGAUACCACUCCAUUGCUGCCGCGUUACGAAGAUGAUACAGCUCGUGAAAGAGCUGUGCAUCAAAAGCUUCAUACCUAUCAGAUGCUGAGAGCCCUGUCGAAAGGAUACAUGCCCUCUAAUGAACAGACAAUCAUCAAUCUCCGAACCCUCCUUGCAGCGGACAUCUUCAAUCCAAACAAUAAAGAGCUUAGCGAUUCUGGUCGUGCAUUGAUUCGAAACUGUCGAACAUGGUUGAAGCUGUUCAUCGAGCUUCUACAACACAAGAACAGCGAAGACCAGAUCCAGGAUUUUCUCUGGUAUCUGACCAAGUCCCGCAUUUCCCUUGAUGUCAACGACAUUUCCCAUUCAGCAUCCAAAGUCAAAGCCAGAGCCGAUGCCCGAGCAGCUUACGAAAGCUUCCGCACCGUCGGCAGUCUCCUCCUUACGAACUCGGAUUUCCGAUUAUUCGUCAAUGAUGUUGCCACGAUAGGAAGAGAGGUGCUAGCAGAUACUGCCUUCUCCGUGUCCUCGGCUGCCGAAAAGACUGGCAAACAACUCGAGCUGUCUGCAGAGGAAGAACAGGCGGUGUCAAAGCCAGGAGCUGACGAGAGCAUUCAGCCUUCAAGACAAGAGCUAGAAGAAACUGCGCAAAAAGCGACAGACGAGAUUGCUUCGCAGGUGAAAAAGGUGGGCACGGAUACCAUCGAGAGUGCCAAAGAACAUUUCGGUGGUGAUCAGAGCAACACCCUUUUACAUCGCCUGAAACAAACCGUCCUCAGAUUGAGGAGCAGAACUGACUAUCACGACUCGGUGUCCACGAUCUCCAAGUUGAUUCAAAGAUAUGCUAUUGCCUACUCCCGGGUUGCGGAUGCCACGAUUGCAACCGCUCAAGACGAUAUCCAGACAAACCCGGCCCUAGAUCGUGCGAUCCGCAAUUUCUGGGAGCUCAUGAGCAGCUUCGGUGACCGCAAGCAGUGGGAAGAACUGGAGCAAGACUGGAACAAAGUCCUCAGCCAUGCCAAUUCAGAUCCCCAGUUCGAGAACUUCAUGGUCGAUGUCGGUAAUGCUGUGCAGCGAAUGUUCACCGACCCCGAAUUCUUCGACAACGCAGAUAAGAAGCUGGACGAGCUCAAGGAGAAAUCCACGAAGCUGGGGAAUGAUUCCGAGUUUCGCACCGACUUUGACAAACUACUCAGACAGGCUCAACUUACGAUCAACUCGGUUUUGGAGGACAAGGACGUCAACGGACUCCUCAUCGCUACACGGCGCAUCUUCAACGCCUUGUCUCCACCAAAUCAUAUCACCAAUCCGGAUCUCAUCACCGACUGCAUCCACAUCUUCCUUCCGUUGUUGAUCCGCAGCAUACAGUACAUCCCCAUUCCUCGUGUCGAAGUCUCGGUCCCAGAAAUGGACCUCCUCCUCGAAAACCUUGUCCUCGAGCCCGGCCGAAACGUCAACUCAACCUCCUUCCUCCCCUACCGUCUCCUGGUCUCCACCAAGAAUGACCUUGAAAUCCGCAAGACACACUCGAAAAAGACAGUCUCGAGCACACAGUCUCUCAUGACCAUUACUAUCAACGGCCUCAGCGUCGCCGCACAGGACCUCGGCUUCUGGAUCCGCGGACACGCAGGACUAGUCCAUUUCGCCGAUGAGGGCAUCGCAAGCUUCUACCUUGACGAGCGCGGCAUUGAUAUCUCCCUCGACCUUGAGAUCGGCCGAGAGCGACUUGAGCAGAUAUUGGCCUUGCGGGGCGUCAGGGUGCACAUCCACAAACUUGACUACAACCUCCGAAAAUCCAAGUUGUCCUGGUUGGGCUGGAUAUUCAAGCCUCUCCUGAAACAUCUCGUGCGCCGGUCUCUUGAAAAGACCCUCGCCGAGAAGAUUGUGGAUGGUUUGAAAGCGAUGAAUCGCGAGCUUGUGUUUGCGCGAGAGCGACUCCGCGCUACACGCAUUGCCGAUCCACAAGAUGUCGUGACAUUCCUCAAGGCUGUCGCUGCACGUCUCACGCCCGAGGAAGAUCCAGAUCUGUACACCAGAGUCGGUGUAGAUGCGCCGAAGCGUGGCGUCUUCAAAGGUGUAUAUACACCUGGCAGUAUCGUCAAAUUGUGGCAUGAGGAAGCACUGAGGGCAGAGGAGAAUAUUGAGGAAAAUGAGGAGACUGGAGGUGGUUGGAGGAAUGCUAUCUUCGAUGUUAAUGUUGCUUGAGCGCCGGAAUGAUAGGCGGUUGAUAUGGAAAUGAGACGACCAAGCUGCGUAAGGCAGCAGGGGGUUGCUUGCCCAUUCUUGAAACAUUGACAGUAUGAUCAAAUGGCUUACGGGGAACGUUGCUUUCUUCUUUCACGACUAUCAUCAGGGUAAUACGGUUAUGAUGGUGGCGGCGCGGCGCAGGGUGUUGUUUCAGGCAACAGUAGCAGCUUUCAAUCAGUCUUGUCUAGGUAGCAUAACUCCAAAAGUGUGUCC